AUGGCUGGUGCGCCUGUUACUCCACUUGAUUCAUCCAAGCCCCUCGCAGGCAGAAACCUGGCCAACUAUAACAGGAUACUCGAUACUCCACUCCUCGUACCGGAUAUUCGUGACCGCGAGAUCGCCGUUAUGAACCGAGAGAUGGAGGUGGAAGAGCAGCAGCGGGCGUUGACGCAGCGCGAAAGUGCCUUGGAGGAUAGAGAGAGUGCUGUGGAGAGGAGAGAGAGGGAGAUAGAGGAGAAGGAGAGGUUACUUCAGCGGAGGGAGGCGAAAUUGGCGAGGAAGUGGAAGGAUGGUAAGGUUUUGGAGAAGAGGGUUAGAAGGACGGAGGAAGUACUGGGGAGACGCUGA